CGUAAGUAGCAGGCAGCCAUGUCGGAGGGAGGCGGCACCUGCGAGACCGACAGCGAUGAGACGAUAGUGGAGGGUUCCGUCCCUGAGAGCGACUGGGACGAAGUGGAGCUGCACGCUAGGAGAACUGGGAUAAACUGUCCUGUCAUUGUUACAGGUUUAGAUUCUGAAGUGGCUGGAUUUCUGGAAACAUUAGACAGAAAUGUACCGCUUCCAGAGACUUUAAAUGUUGAAGUGUAUCCAGAAAUAAGCCUUCUUUCUGGUAUGGAUGCAAUAGAGGAUUCAAUUCCACAAGAUACAGAGAUGUCAGAGGUUUUUCAAAUUGUUAGUAAGGAAGAUAUGACAGAAAACCAUCCAUUUCUUGAAACAGUGCAGUCAAGUAUAAGUGUAGAUGAAAUAAUGGCUGUGGAAUUUGAAGAUUUGAUGGAACCACUUGAUGAUUCUGAGACCCCCAAAAUGCUUGACAUAUUGGAAAAUCAGGGCGGUGCUAUGUCUAUGCCUAUGUCUGUAAAUAAGGAGAGCAAUGCCCUGCCUGUAGAGCUUCUCACAGCACUGAACUCCAUGUCAGAAUUUGCAGCAGCAUCUGUCUGUCAGCCAGAAGGCAAGGGAAGUUGGUUCAUCAUCGCAGACAAACAGCUGACACCAGACCAAACAGAUGGUGAUUGCACACAAAUAACAGAUAUAAAUGUAAAAUCUCAGCUUAAUAUAAAACACCUUGAAGAAACAGAAGCUUUAAUGAUGACCACAUUGCCAUAUGCUUCAGAGGAACAAGUUGGCUGUAGUCAGAAUAUGCACAAAUUAGUCCAUUCAGAACACCAGAAUAUUUCCUCUUGUGACAGACCAGCUGAAAAAGGAGAUUCUAUUUUAAAGGAUAGCAGUUCAUGUGAACAAACUAUCCAGGUUGCUCCACGUACAUUAAAGAAUUCAGCACAAAAAAGGAAGAAGCUUACUCUAAAUGAUACUGAUCCUACUUCCAGUUGUCAGUUUCUAGAAGGGAUGCAUCAGAAUAUACACAGUUUCGAGGCUCAAACAAGAGACAGAUCUGACACUAAAGAUAAGGAAGAUGACUGUUCACAGAUGGGAACUGGAUUAUGCCACUUCUCAACUACAGAUACAAAUACUAAAGUUGAGCAAGUGAGGAAAAGUCAGAGGAUUGCCAAGAAUAGAAGGAGGCAAGCCACUUGGAACGGUUCCUCUGACUCCUCGUAUAACUACAUUUCAUUAUCCAAAAUCAAUAGAAGAGAUUUAUUUGGUCAGACAUUGUUGCACAGAGCUGCUGUGGAAGAUGACCUAGAUGGUUUACGUGCAAUGAUAAAAGCUGGUGGAAAUGUAAAUACUCAGGAUUAUGCAGGUUGGACUCCACUGCAUGACGCCAGUCUUGCUGGGUUUUGGGGGACAACAAAUGAGCUUUUAAAAGCAGGAGCUGAUGUUAACUGUAAAGGAAGUGAAAAAAUAACACCAUUACAUGAUGCAGUUAAAGGUGGUCACUAUAAGGUGGCAGAGUUACUACUUCAGUAUGGAGCUGAUCCACUGUUCAAAAAUGAGAGAGGGAAGAGUGCUUUAGAAGAAGCAACUGACAUGCCUGUGAGGAAACUACUUGCAAGAUUUAUAGCUAAAUCUAGAAGAAGGUCAGCUGAAAGACUUCUAGACGACACAGUGAGUGGCCAAAGUAGAAUUGAGAGCCAGCCUAAGGUAAAAGUUAAUAAUGAAUUUUCAAUACAAGUGAGUAAGACACUGCCAAAUUUGAGGGAAAUAUAUCCUGGCCAUUAUUUCUGUUUCUCUUCUAUUAACACUGUUUUGCUUUUCCAGGCAAAAACAUGCUCACGUGAAAGAGUUCACCAUACAUCUAAGGAAAAUACUAAGGUACUAAAGCAACAGAGGGUAAAGCCGGAACAAACUAAGAGAAAAAGGACUUCACAAAGAAAUUAUGCUUCCAAAAUGUGCAAUAUUUGUUCAUUAGUGAACGCUACAACUUUUGAAGGUACAUGUCUGGUUUCAAAGGUAAAGCAGUCAGUCAGAGGAAGGCCACCAUAUUUAGGUGCAUCAGGUAACAAAAGAAUAAAUGGCCAGAGGAAGGACAUUCAGAAUGGUCCUGCAACUGAUCUUACAUUGGUCUCAAAAAGAACAGUUGGAUCUUCAGAGUAUCACCAGUAUAAUUCGAACAGAAGUUGUGAAACUGGAGAAGACUGUAACAUGGCAAUGGGGUCAGAAAUUCAGCAAAAGAGUGACUCUAAUAAUAGUAUUGAUGACUGGACAUCAGAAAGAAAUGAGGCUCUUAAAAGCACUGAACUGGCAGGAGCAACAAAAGAUCAAGCAACUAAUUUCCAUACUGUCACAUCACUGAAUCCUGUUGAAGAAGAAUCUGCUUUACCUUCUGAAACUGAAGUAGUAAAUGAUCCUAAUUUGGAUUCUACACACUUCUUAUGCAAAGACAUUGGUUUGUCUUUGCAGGAGGAAAGCCAGUAUGCAAUGAAAUAUAAUAAAGGGUCUAAUAGUCUUAAAGUUGUUACUUUAGAGGACAAUCUUCAUACUGCUGAAAAGAAGCAUGUCUGGACAGUAAGAGAAGACAUCAUUAUUCCUGCUUCUAAGAAAAAUAGAACACUAGACCAAUAUAUGCAUUCUGAAAACUCUGUAGAUCAGAUUAAUCUGGACAACCAUAGUUUGGGGCAUGAACUGGGUGUGCAAGAUCCUUUAUCUAUAGCUGAAUCUGUCUGUUUAGAAGAAAACCCAUUUGAGUCAAAAAUCCUAACCAUCUCAAUGUUGCAAGAAAUUGCACUUCUCAGUGAUUCAGAUUGUACAGUCCAUUCUGAAGAAUACAAUUUAAAUGCAGGCCAAAACCCAGGUGAAAACACCUCUAGAGCUGCUGGACUCUGUAAUGGACAAGCAAUUUAUGAUUGUAUGGAACUUUCCUCAACAACUUCACAGAGUAUUAAUAGAGUUGGUGUUUCUGAAAGGCCCGGCACUUGCAGCUUCAGUGAGCAAAGAUUUUCAACUCCUCCUGUGCCUGAGGGCAUUAUGAUGGGAACAGCAGAAGGAAAUGUUGGGAAAUGUUGCUUUGAGAGAACAGGAAAUGGUCGUAGGACUGAGAACAACAAAGUCCUCCCUUUACAGAUGCUGGACAAAGACCCAUUCCAAGAUAAAUCACUACAAACUCAGAUCCUUGAAAAACGUUACAGUGAGAAGAAUGAUAAAGAACAUUCAAACAAUACUCCAGAUGUAUCUUUACAGUCAAGUGAAUUAGAAACUAUCCAAAGUAAAAGAAUGGAUUCUAUAUCCAUUGAGGAUUGCCAAAAUGCACAUUUGUGUUCUAGCAGUAGUGCAACUCCUUUACAGUUUAAAUCAACUGAGAAACAGCAAAUGCCACAAUCAUUAGAUCUAUAUAUCCAAGAUCUAUCUCAGAUACAGAACAUUUUGAAUGCUGUACUUGCCAAACAGAAAUCAGAAAGGGAUGAUCUUGCUAAGAAAUACAGAGCUUCUGCAGAAUCUUUUAAACAGGGAGCCCUAAGGGAACAGGUAGCAAAGCUUGUUUCCAGACAAAAGAGUCUUUUGCUCAUGGCACAAAAGCAGAAAGAACUAGGCCAGAAAAUACAGAAUUAUAAGAAUGCGAAAAAGGAGGCUUCACAUUCAGCAAAAUGUGUCCCAAGCACACGUGGCUCUUAUGAACGCAAGAUCACAGAAGAUGAUCCAUCUGGGAGAACAGCACCCUCCUCUGAUAUAGCUAUAGGCCUUGAAAACAGUUGGGUCACAGACAAUAUUUAUUUAGAUCAAGAAUCCAGCCAGUAUCCAGACAGGUCUCUGAAUAUGUCAGGAGGGAAUGGAAAAGAAAAAAGGCAAAAAGCAGUUGGUCCCAAAAAAACAGCGUCUGAAAACAAACCCAAGGAAUAUAACAUUGAGGAGUUAAAAAAGCAAUGUUCAUAUGUAAGUGAGGAUUUGCAGAUGCAGCCAGAAUUAGAAUCUACACACAGCUAUCUCGCUACUCAUCAGAAAAACAUCCUAAAAAAUAGACACUCGCUUAAUGCUAAUUUAGAGCCUGCAGGGAUAUUUUCUCAUGUGCUAUCACAAAGCAGAAUCAGCCCAAGUUCUUCUCAAUAUUCUGACAGUCAGAAUUCUGAAAAACAAUUAAACUUCAAAGCAAGCAGAAGGAAGAAAAAUCAGCUAUUAGAUCUGCUCGAACUGGGAAAGAUUAAGACCGGAGAUGAUGUUCUAGAAUUCACAGUACAGGAUUUCAAACAUAAAGCCAGCCUUUUGGAAAAUGGUAAAGUCAAAGCUGGCAACAACUCAGUUUACCAAAAUCUGGUUCAAUGGAUUAAAGCACUACUAGGAAGUGACAUUUCUGUAAGCUGGAAAUAUGUAUACAACAAGGUCACAUACUGUGGAACUCUGUUAUCAAAAAUUAUUGCUGAAGUUUAUGUUUCUAAGGAACCAGAGUUAACACUGCAACAAAAUAAGCUAUUUGGGAGAAACUCUACAAGAUGCAAUCAUAGCCGAGGUGCUCAGUACCACUGUUUUAGUCAUAAGGCUGCUUCCUCUCAGAAUGCAGAGAAUAUAAGGCAGGAAACUGCACCCUUUCCUCAGGAAGAAGUGGAAAUCUCUCUGUCCCCUGAAACAGAAGCUGAGGAAAUAAUGACAGCAGUCAGUGAAAUAAAAGUUCCCUACCACCUUGAUUCCUCAACACCACCCAGGAGAUUUCUACAGUUCAACAGCAGGGUACUAAUAAAGGAUGAAGAAUUUAUGCCAGGUCAUAUAAUGGAUCAGUACUGGAACUUCUAUGUCCAUUGUGAGGGUUUUGGAUUUUAAACGAAAAAAUAGAUAAACGUUUUGCUUCUCUAUCUAGUAAAAUUUAAUGAGCUUAGGGAAGAGGAUUGUGUUGUGUUUUUUUGAGUUUUAUUAUUGCACCAAAUCUUUGUUAGCAUCACUUUUAAAAUACAAAGGGAACCUUGUUGUGUCCCAACAGAUGUAAACUGUUUGAGAGCUUUUAGUAGGAGACCAGGUGGGGG